GCACACAGUCUUCAAUACACUUGCAUUCCUACCGUCAGCCAAAAUGGUCCGCAUCUCUCUUCUCGUUCUGACGGCCUCUCUGGCUACGACCCUUGCCCUUCCCCAGAACUAUUGCACUGCUGUCUGCCGCCCCGUCAAGCCCGAAUGCCCCGCGGGUGAGGUGGCCACCGGAAGCGAGAACUGCUGGGGCUGCUGCCAGCCUGUCUCCAUCUCGGCGAACAGAGUAGCCAAUGCUACGGAAAUGUGCACGGCCGUUUGUCGACCCGAGAAGCCAGAGUGCCCUGCCGGUGAGGCACCCACUGGGCAGGAAGGCUGCUGGGGCUGCUGUGCACCCAUCACAAAAACUGAGGAACACAUCUGCACUCGCAAGUGCAGGCUUGAGAAACCGGAAUGUCCAGCUGGAGAGGCCCCCACCGGGCAGGAAGGCUGUUGGGGAUGCUGCCAGCCUAUAUCAAAACGUGAGGAAAGAAUCUGCACUCUCGAGUGUAGGCUUGAGAAGCCGGAGUGUCCAGCUGGAGAGGCACCUACAGGUAGCGAAGGCUGCUGGGGCUGCUGUCAACCCAUAACAGCCUCUGAAAAACGUGAGGGAGAAAAUGACGGGGAUAUGUGUUUAGCUGUCUGCCAGGAAAAGAAACCUGAGUGUCCUGCUGGAGAGGCACCCACUGGUAGCGAGGGCUGCUGGGGCUGCUGCCAGCCCAAUGCCAUCGCUGAGAAGGUUGCCGAAGGCGACAGUGACGUUUGCAUGGCCGUUUGCCAGGAGAAGAAGCCUGAGUGUCCUGCAGGAGAGGCACCAACUGGCCAGGAGGGAUGCUGGGGGUGCUGUACGUCGGUUGCAUUAGUGGCUAGGCAAGAUCAAGCCCAUGAACGCCCAAACGACGACCAUUACUGGGUGACUGAGGAUGCCGGACUCGCUCAAUAA